GGGGCGAGGGGCGGGGCGCUGGGGCUGCCAUUUUGGCGGGAGGCGGCAGAGCGCGAGCAUUAUGUUGUCUAAGGUUCUCGGCCCCAAAACGGCGCAACUGACAAAAAGCUGGAUUCCAACAGUGGCAACAUGGGGAGCUGUUGGUGGCAUGGUUCUAUUGUUCGCUACAGACUGGAAACUAAUAGUUGGCCGUAUCCCAUAUAUUCGCGGAAAGUUCAAGGAUGAAUGAAAGUGCUCAUAAUAUUGUGAUGGAUAAAUGAAUAGUCCAUAUCGUGACUAAUGGCUUCAGAGAACAGAACAGUCUUUGUGUCUGGAGAUUGUUCUUAAUUGAAUUUCAAGCUGGAGCAGGAAUUAACUUCAACCUUUGAGCACGCCUAUCCUGUAUUGAUAUGAAACCGAUUCUGUGUACUUGAAUGAUAUAACAUGGUUCUGAGAUUACCGUUGACGCAUUUAAUUUAACCUCUCAGUAAAAUUUAAAAAUCAAUGUCAAA